UCAUAGCAAUCCGACUCAUCCUCUUAUCCUUCAACGUUGCUCAGGGAAACUUCUUAGUUCUUUUUCAAGUUUGUUUCACAGGCAGUGUAAUGCUGCCAUCCACAGUUCGGAGCUCUCACAAUUCAAAGUUCUUCUCCAAGUUUCACGGGCCUUAUUAAAAACGAUAAAGAUGAACAUACACCACGUGUCACUGUUCACAGAGUAUGAAAGCUCCUCAGUUUGGAUCAAAGUCAUCAAUUUCUUUGCCUUUGAUCAUUAACAAAGAAGACAGUGAUGAAAACAUUACUGAUUCUCACAGUCAGAAAACAACCACAUUCUCACAGUGUGAAGAAGACGAAGGAGAAGAACUUCAGCUUCUGAUUGAGAACUUUAAAUUGUGGAGGGCAGCAUCACACUUCUCGGUGUGCAGCCUGCCACGAAUUGUUAGAAGAAAAAGCACAACAUUGAGAAACUAACAAUCAGUGUUGAGGAAAACCAAUUGACAGCGAAGACUCAGGAGGACGACUAAUGACAAGAAAGGGAGGCGGUAAUGCAACAUUGAAUUGCAAACUACCAAAAAGUUAAAGGAGAACAAGAAGCAGAAUGAGUGUGAGAAAAAGAAGACACCAGGAACAAGAAAUGGAGCAGGAUGAAAAUCAGCCAGAGUGGGAAACCUUUAUUUGUCCAAUCUGUCAUGAUCUGCUGAAAGACCCGGUGGCGAUUCUCUGUGGACACAGCUACUGUAUGAACUGUAUUCAAUCGUACUGGGACACAGAGAUUGUCUUCAGCUGCCCCAUGUGUAGAGAGACCUUCAAAAUGAGGCCGAAACUGACGAAAAACCUCAUGUUAGCAGAUUUGGUGGAGCAGCUGAAAAAGAAUAGACUCCAAGCUGCUGGAGCUGAAGACGUGUCCUGUGAUGUCUGCACGGGGAGGAAACUGAAAGCUGCCAUGUCCUGUGUGAAUUGUUUGGCCUCGUACUGUGAGAAACACCUCCAGCCUCAUUAUGAGUCACCUCCAUUUAAAAAACACAAGCUGGUGGAGCCCUGCAAGAAGCUCCAGGAGAACAUCUGCUCUCUCCAUGAUGUGGUGAUGGACAUGUUCUGCUGCACUGAUCAACAGUGUAUCUGUUAUCUCUGCUCUGUGGAUGAACAUAAAGACCACGACACAGUCACAGCUGCAGUGGAAAGGACGCAGAAGCAGAGAGAUCUCGAUCUGACUCAAAAAGAAAUCAAGCAGAAACUCCAUGACAGAAAGAAAGAUGUGGAGAUGCUUGAGCAGCAGAGGAAGGACGUCAAUCACUCCGUGAAUACAGCAGUGGAGGACAAUGAGAAGAUCUUCAUUGAGCUGAUCCAACUCCUGAAGAAAACACGCUCUAAUGUGAAGCAGCUGCUCAGAUCCCAGCAGGAACCUGAAGAGAGAAGUAUCAAAGAUCUUCAGGAGAAGCUGCAGCAGGAGAUCACUGAGCUGAAGAGGAAAGACACCAAACUGAAGCAGCUCUCACUCAUACAGGAUCACAACCAGUUUCUACUCAACUACCCGUCACUGGCAGGAGAACUCAGUCCGUCUACUCACUCAUCCAGCGUCAACAUCGCUCCUGCAAGCAUCUGUAAAGACGUGACAGCAGCUGUGUCACAGGUCAGAGGUCAAGUAGAGGACAUUCUGACUGAGACAUGGACAAUCAUCGGACUGACAUUGACUCAAGACGAUGAUUUACUGCCAUGACAGUGCUGAAUUCUUACUAUAUCGACAGGAAAUGGAACUGGAUCCACACCUGAAUGUUAUUAUCUGAGGAAAAUGGACAAGGAACAUUAACAAAUCACUUUUUCUAGUCAUCCAGACAGAUUUACUGAUCGGUGUCAGGUUCUGAGUCAAGAGUCUGACUGGACGGUGUCACAUACAAGACUUUCAGGAGAGCAGGGACAUCAGUGUGUUUGGAUCAGUGUUUGGAUUCAAUGACAAAUCUUUGGCGUUACGUCUUGGUUCCGGUUGUUGUUGCAGUUUCAGGACUCAAGUCUCAGCUGGAUUGUCCUCCAGAGAAGGAUUGUAUCUAGAUUACAGUGAAGGUAUUUAUCACUGAUUUUCCCGAUGGACUUUGGUGCUGGUAGCAAGAGCGUUCAGACGUUCAGUUCCUAGAGUUUUUCAAUUAAAUUUAAAAUAUACAAAUAAUUUUCAAAAAUCAUUGAGAUAUUUAAUCAACAUGUUUUGAAGUUUAAAAUCUAAUAGAGCCCCUAGUGUCUCUAAUGUUAAUUUUAAGCAAUUACAUGUCAGUUGUUUUAGUUUUUUCUUUUCUGUGCUGUGACACUUUUCUGCAACCAUCACAAUACAAAUUUACCAAAAACAUUAUUGGGCAAACAAAUAUUUACUAAAUAAGAUUUGUUCCAGACUGAGAACCGGUUUUACUUGUGUAACCCCGGCACUGACCACCAGAUGGUGUCAACAAGCACUUACCUCUGCAUUAAUGUAAGAAGAACCUGUUGAGAAACAUCUGUAUGCCAGGCGAGUUCUGCUCCGUCUGUGAGCUGCAAGUUUCCCCCAGUAAAAGACGUUAACACUGUCACCACAGCUACAUCCUGUCCGCUCUUUCAAAACAAGAGCCAUAUGAUGGCUUUCAGAAAUCAGACUCAAAAAAUCACUUUUAUGGCUAACCCCCCCCCACCACCAGUGAAAUGAACCAUAAUUACACGACAAUGUCAGAAACAUGUCAGGUCAACAACCUGGUGAUUGACUUGUACACUUGAGUUAUUUUCUCAACCAGGUGAUUUCCAGAAAGUAGGUCAUGUCAGGCUUGUUUGACUCUUUGCCGAUGAUGGACGAUGUUCGCAGUGAGCUCGUAAAACACAGUUCACACCACGAUACGAGGCAUUUAACGUCUGUGGAGGCUCAUAAAUUUUUCCCCUCCUUGCAAUUCUGCUCUACAUGUGACCCUGGACCGUCUGGGUAUCUGGGGUAACUUCCUGUGGUGUGCACAAUUACACGACACAUACACACACAGGUUUGUGCAGCUAUCCUUUGAAAGACUCGCACUGAUUUCCAUUCAUUUGGACAUCCUUAACCUCCCUUUAACUUAACCGUAGCCCAACAGCCAAAGCAUUAUCUCUACCAGUUAAAACCCAACCCUAACUUUAACCGUAACCACAACUCAAAUCUUAGUCCUAAACUUAACCAGUUCUUCAGAAACGAGGUUCUGGCUCCAUGAGGACUACUGGUCCUGACAAGGUCAGUGUUUAUGACAGAAAAUGGUCCUGAAGAGGUAACAAAUACAAGAACACACACUCACAUACACAAGAAGAGGUGAACAGGAGGAAUGCACAUCUGUAUUUGUUCCUGUCAGGACUAGACUAAAGG